AAAUAUGGCUGCGCCCAUGAGAUUAUUUGACCUCAUUAUUUCUAUAACUCCAAAACCGAUAUAGUUUACUGUAUAUUCCCCUUGCUGUAUAAAGAAAUGUCUGUGAUCAAUAUUUUUCGAUAUACUGAAAUGACAGCUUGUCGUAUGUGUUUGAAAAGAAAAAUCUUAUUACAAUGCGCUAAAUUCAACAGUCGAAUUAUCAAAAGUAUUGAUACUUUCCCUGAAAUUAAUAGAACAAACCAUCAAUCCAUGGAAUUUGCCAGACUUGGGAUUUCAUUAAACACUCGUAAUUUAUCCAACAACAAAUACUUGACACAGCAACUAUCAAAGGACAAUGGCUUUCGCAUGGGACAUGCAUAUACGGGUCAAAUUAAGCUUCUUAAAAACAAUGUUCAAUACUACCGAGGUUUGAUUCAGACAUUUUCAACCACAAGUGCUUAUAACAGAUCAUCAGAUACACCCCACACUCCUGACCAAGAUACAUCAAAGGAGAUUGAAGAUAUUGUAUGUUUAUAAAGAAAAAAUUAUAAAUAUACCAAAUGUGUUAACAAUGUCAAGAAUAGUGGCAACACCGUUCCUGGGAUAUCUAGUCAUACAAGAAGCUUAUACUCCAGCAUUUUGUAUAUUUGUGGUUGCAGGAUUGACAGAUGUAUUAGAUGGCUACAUUGCUAGGAAUUUUAAUCAGAUGACAGUUCUUGGGUCAGCUUUAGAUCCUCUAGCAGAUAAAUUACUGGUCAGUGUAUUGACAGUCACACUGACAAUGUCCAGUUUGAUGCCAGUGCCGUUAGCAGCAGUGAUAUUAGGAAGAGAUGUUUUAUUAAUUCUUGCUUCAUUGUAUUUCCGUUACAUAUCUUUACCUCCUCCAUACCUGAAAAAUAGAUUGAGAGUUGUACUGAAAACAUUUUCCAGAUACUGUGAUGUUACUAAUGCUACAGUCAAACUUCAUCCUUCCAAUAUAAGCAAGCUAAAUACCUUUUUACAGUUGACAUUAAUAGCAUCAUCUUUAGCAGCUCCAGUGUUUGGGUUUGUGGAUCAUGUAGCACUACAGUCUUUGUGGUAUUUGACAGGAACAACAACAAUUGCCUCAGGUGUUGGUUACUAUAGAAACAGACAUCAAAGUGUAGAAAUAUUACAGGAUAAAAUGAAGCAUUGAUUGUGAUUUCAUGAUUUACUGAUAGAUGUGUGUAAAUGAUAGAAAAUAGACAUAUCUGUGAAAGAAUGAUGGUUUUCAUACCAUUCAAAUGGAGGUUAUUACAUAACCAGAAAUGAUAUAUGUAGUUCAAAUUUAGCUUAUGGAGCAUACAGAUUUACAAAUGUAAAAGAUUGAAGUGAUAUGUGAUAUUACAUAAUAAGAAAUGCAACUUAUCAAAGAGCUCAUGGGAGUAGAAAAUUUCAGUGCUAAGCAAAAUGUGUUUGCAAAAACUUUAUUAAAUGUAGUUUUUCUU